UAAAUAAUAAGAAUAAAAGAUCGAACCAAAUGGCGGCUUUCAUGAAAUCAUUGCUUCUUUUAUUGGCUUGCACUCUCCUCCCCAUUAUCCAGAGUGAAAUUAUCUGUGAGAAUUUACCCAUAUCUACUUGUGCAUUUUCAGUCUCCUCUUAUGGGAAGAGAUGUUUGAUAGAGGACACAGUGUUACUCGACGGGAAGGUGGAUUACAAGUGCAAGACGUCGGAGGUGGUGGUCGGAAGUAGCACGUCGGAUUACAUAGAGACGGACAAGUGCGUCAAAACAUGCGGCGUUGAUCGGAAAUCUGUCGGCAUGUCAUCGGAUCCUUUCCUUGACUCACUUUUCAUGGCUAAGCUUUGUGCCCGUGCAUGUUAUGAUUAUUGCCCCAACCUCGUCGACCUCUAUGCCAACAUUGCCGCCGGCGAGGGAGUGUUCUUGCCGGAACUGUGCGAGCAAAUACGUAGUGGGGAGGGUUCUCGUCGUGGCAUGGCGGAGAUACAGAGUGGCGGCGGUGACAGUGCCGCUGCACCCGCGGGGGCGCCCGCGGCGGGUGAUGAUCUUCCACGCCGUGCCAUGAUUGGGAUUGAUGCUGAAGCGCCUAGCCCCGCUUAGUGUGUAGCCGAUACAUACACCAAUUUAACACCCUCUCCCUUUUAUUUGCUUGCUUGGGAUUGGGUCAUUUCAACAAGAGUUUGGAAUGGGUUUGCUUUUAUUGUGGAAAUUCUGUUUUCUUUACUAUUCAUAUUAGAGCGCAAAAAAACAUAUUAAAUCUUAGAAUUUAGGAUCAAUUCAUUCAA